UAACUCCUGUAGCGGUUUAUAACAGCUCCGCCCUUUGAAGGAGAUAACCUUCCUCUGACCUCAGCUCUUGUCUUGAAAGGAAUGUGACGCGUAGCCCGGUUUCCUCUCAGAGACAAGCGCACUCAGAUCAGCACCAGGCAUUCGAUAUUAGCGCAUUUCGGCAUCAUGCAUCCAGCCAUUCUCUGCGCAGCCCUGUUUUCUACAGUUCUGGCUGAAAAAUCCCCUCGACUGAAAUUUACUGUGAAAGAGCCAGCAAGGUUUCACUUCACAAAACCAGAGAAUUACAUGACUGUGUACCACCAGCAGGGGAGCAAUGUUCUGUAUGUGGGGGGGCAAGCAGUUAUUUAUAUGAUACACUUCACCCAGAAAGGAGUGCAAGAAACACAGAUAUCUGCGGUGGCUGAUGAAAAUGUCAGACAUAGCUGCCUCGCAGGAUCAUCGAGUGAGAGUGAGUGUGACAAUUUCAUCACUGUCAUUGAGAAAGUCAAUGACACUUUUGUGGUGUGUGGGACAAAUGCCGGCACUCCAAAAUGUUGGCAAUUGGUGAAUAACACUAUGCUCACCGACAUGCCUGAUAAUGGACAAACGAUAUCAGCCUCAGAUAUUUCCCCGACCAUCACCUCUCAGCACUCUGUCAGUCUCUCAGCAGAUGGGAGCCUGUAUUCUGCUUUGUCAGCUACAGAGAAACAGCUUGGCUCUAUACGUCGCACAUACAGCUCCAACAAGCUGCUGAAGACUGAGAACAAAUGGCUGUUGAACCCUCAGUUUGCUGGAGCUUCAGUCAUUCCAGCAACACAAAAAUACAAUGAGGAGAUCUACAUUUUCUUCAGUGAGAUCAACAAGACGGCUGAUCUGGAUGAAGAACCAUACAGGGCCCGAAUUGGACGAAUUUGCAUGAAUGAUGAGGGGGGCACUAAGACAGUGCUGCCUGACUCUUGGACUACAUUCCUGAAGGCUCGUGUGAUGUGUGGGACAGGCAGCACCCCUCAGCAGUACAACAACAUCAGGCGAGCAUUUGUGUUGGCAUCCCCACAUCGUACUGGUGUCAUGUAUGGACUUUUCUCCAAUGCAUGGGACACGACUGUAGUCUGUGCAUACUCAAUUGAGGACAUUGACCAGGUGUUUGCUAAGUCAAAGCUUAAAGGGUACAACAGCCCAGUCACUGGAAAUCGACAUGGAAUGUGUGCUCCUAAGAAUCAUACAACAGCUCAGAACCCAAAAAUGCUGGGAGUUAUUAGGGAUCAUCCCGAGAUUGAGGACAUUAUACAGCCAGUAGGAGAAGUUCCGCUGGAUCUGCCCACUGAAGACCACUUCACACACAUUGUAGCAGACACUGUGCUGGCAGUCAAUGAAGAGCAUUACAGUGUCAUCUACCUGGGCACAGAACAAGGAAAAAUUCUAAAAGUGCUCCACACCAUUGAAGAAGCCUUUAUUAUAUCCCAGUAUUCUCUGUUUCACAAUGAGGGGCCCAUCAUUAACAUGGCCAUCGACUCACAGAGAGGUCACCUUUACAUUGGUACAGCAAUGGAAGUCCAGCGCCUACUAUUGGCUGACUGCAGUCGAUAUGGAGACAGUUGCAGGGAGUGCAUUCUCUCCAGAGACCCAUACUGUGGGUGGGACAUGGCCAAAAAGAGGUGCCUGGCAAUUCCAGCAAACUACAAUGUCACUACUGGUGGAAUCCUACAGAGCCUUGACCAAUCCAAUGCCUCUGUUUGUGGAGACACUGCAGCUCUAAAGAUACGCAGUACAAUUCCUAAGGAAGUGCAGAUGCACAAAGAUGGUCCAGUCCUGUUGCCAUGUCCCGUUCACUCCUACCACGCCACCUACAGCUGGGAGAAGGACAACUGUAUUAAGCGCUACCCCUGUACCAUAUCUGGUUCAUCCUGUGUGCUUGGCUUAAACCCUGAUCUGCCGUUGAAGGAGGGUGUAUUCCGUUGCAUGGCCACAGAGAGUGGCCUGAAACAGGAAGUGGUGUCCUACAGGCUGGUGUUUAAUGCUGGGCCAUCUGCCACUUCACCGGCUUCCACACUGGCUCUGUCUCUACUGUUGGCCAUGAUUGGCUUCUUCCUCCAGUAGCCUGCUAACACACUACCUCAGGCUAUCAGUAGAGAUGAUUGGAGUAUGUUUUGAUACCACGAUUAGGUUCACAGAGCAAGGCCUGUUAAUCAAAGGACAAGGAAAGUAGGUAGUAGUGUGUAAUUACAUCAGGUAAAGCAAUUUUAUUUCAGAAUCAGAAAGAUUGAAAAAAAUCUGAAAGUCAUUCUGUACAUAUCAAAUAUUGAGAUUGAGUGGAUAAGCUAAUGCACUAAAUAACAAAAUGGGUUUAAGUCUCGCUGCUUUGUGAACCUAACCUGUGGAACAAGCAACCAGGCCUAUCUUUUCUUCAUACUCCAGAUGCGUUUUCCUUUUAAAUUAUGUAAAUCUGAAGCUAAAGUAACACUGUAAUACAGAUAUUCUGUUCAAUGUUAAUUAAGCUUUUUUUUUUUUAUUAUGCACACAUCAAAGAAAUGACUUAUACAGAGCCUUAAGAACAUGUAUUGGGGAUCUCCCUAAGCACAAUUUACCAUUUGAGCAGAAGCUGCAGGAUCUGCCUUGGCUUAUUUUGUGUGCCAUUUUUUUUGCUGGGCAGGCGGAAAGAAAUUAUACAGGCAGAAGACAGAUCAUCCAAAUAUGGCACUGUGUAAAACAGCAUUACUUCAAACCUUUACAUUCUUUAAUGUAUACAGAGACCUAAAGCAUUUCAAACUUCUGUGAACAUCUGUGAUAAUUUUUUAAAUAACCAUAAGCAUUCAAUUUUCAAAACUUAUGACAUGGUGGCCAAAUAUGCUUGAAUAGUAGAAUUACAUUUUGUAGUCGCUGUGGAAAAAAAGCUUGUGAUUAAUCUUACUUAUAUCUAUGUAAAUUUAAUGCUCUGCAUUUGCUGAUCUCCACCAUUGCUGCCUAUGUAAAUGGAGGGAACACCUGACAGUUUUAUAGUGAUGUGACUUGUGUCUUUAGAGUAUAUAAUUUUUUUGUUUUAAGUAAAUGUCUUAAUGUCUGAUUUAACUAUUGUUCAUAUGGGACUGUGAUUAUUAUAUCCACUCAAGAGACAGCCCAUCAGGGGAUAAGGGAAGAGAGAGACAAAACAUAUUUCAUUGUCUUAUUCCAGAACAAUCUUUCC